AUGGCACGUCUGUUUGUUUGGAUCAACUCUACGAUCCUGUUGCUUUUUGUCACCGAUGUGUUCUUGGUGGGAGCAAAUCGGCCCCCAGCUCCUGUGAAUGUGUCUGUCAUGCACCUCCGGUCUGACUCCGCCACUGUGUCCUGGGAUGUUCCAGAAGGAGACACAAUCAUCGGCUUCUCCAUCUCACAGCAAAGGCAGGAUGGGCACAUGCAGCGCUUCAUUCGGGAGGUAAACACCACCAGUCGCUCCUGUGUGCUCUGGGACCUGGAGGAGGAGACGGACUACAUCAUCCAGGUGCAGUCCAUUGGUCUGUACGGAGAGAGCCAAGCCAGCAAGAAGGUCCAUUUUCGCACGCUCAAGAAAACUGACCGCUUCCCCUCCAACAGCUCCAAUCAAGAUGAUCCCACAGUGCAGGGCCUGGACAAGUCAAGACACCUCCAAACCGGAGAGAUGAUCAUUAUCGUGGUGGUUCUGGUCAUGUGGGCAGCUGUGAUCGCCCUCUUCUGUCGUCAGUAUGACAUCAUCAAGGACAAUGACUCCAGCAACAACAAAGAGAAGGCCAAGCCGUCGUCUGAGCACAGCACGCCCGAACACCACAGCGGGGGCCUACUUCGGAGCAAGUUCCAUCCUUCAGUUCCCUCUAUCAACAUUAUUGAAGUCUGA